AUGCACAUGCAAGACGAGAUCAGUCUUGCCCGUGCGCUGCGAGAGGGCACAGCGGAGGCGCACCGUAAUGCAGAGCGCUCGCAUUUCACACGAGAGUUUUUAAGGUGUAAUGUCGAUAAGAGGACCUAUAUCAGCUAUCUGACAUCGUUUCAGGAAAUCUAUAGUGCCUUGGAAGAGGAACUAGAAAAGAAUAGCAAGCAUCUUGCUGUACAAAAGAUUCAUUUUCCGCGAGAGCUGGAUCGACUCGAAAGCAUAGUAGCCGAUCUGGCUUUCUUGACUGGCUCUACAAGCACACCCUCUACGCAAUCCACCGCCACUCUGGCGUACGUUUCCCGCAUCCGCCACGUUAGCAAAUACCAACCGGAACUGCUCGUAGCGCAUGCCUAUGUCAGAUAUCUUGGUGACCUCUCAGGAGGCCAGAUUUUAUCUCGUAAAAUACGAAAAGCGCUAUCCUUACCCGCAGACGGGCAAGGCAGUCAUUUUUAUUCGUUUACUCAUUUGCCAUCCACCAUGAAAGAGUUUAAAAGUUUAUAUAGAAGUCGAUUGGACGAGGUGCCGGAGGAGUAUCAUGCCGCCAUUGUGGAAGAAGCCAAGCUCGCAUUUGAGCUCAAUGCCAAGAUCUUUGAUGAACUCGAUGCAUUACUUCCCUCGGGUAUGGAAAUUGUUGGACCUGAACCUAGGGGAAAAGAUGGAAGCUGGUGUCAGCGCUCGGCCAAAUUGAUUGGCGUGUCUGUAGGGCUGGCAUUGUCUGUACAGCUUGCGCACUUUGAGAUUGCGAUGCAUGAGCGGAAUCCGUACAGCGACCGUCCAGACUUUGGAGCACUAGCUGAAAAGUACCAGCAUCUACGUCCCUACAUUCGCAAAAACAAAUAUGGGCAAUCUACAAUAGACUUCAAAGACCCAAAGGCAGUGAGGGAAUUAACGUAUGCACUCUUGUGGGUGGAUUUUGGAUUGAGACUGGAGAUUCCUCUGGAUACUCUUUGCCCGCCGGUGCCUAACAGGUUAGAUUACGUCCUCUUGAUCCAAGACCUGUUGGCAGAAGAUACCAGUCGUUCGGCAGAUGCUAAGAUACGAGGAAUUGACAUGUGCGCGGAACGGGCGCAUCCUGCAUCUAUCCAUUGCUGGCCUGCUCCACUAACGCCAAAUGGGAGAUGGUUGCCCUCGAGAUCGACCCACGAAGCACGGCAUACGCGACUUCCAAUGUCGAACGAAACAAGUUACACUCUCGCAUCCAUGUCGUCCUAAAUAAGACAGAGGACGUCUUGCCCAUUCCACUGCUGGAUACGAUCUGGAGGGAUCGGUACGACUUUUGCAUGUGCAACCCCCCUUUCUAUUCUAGCAAAAACCAAAUGCACAAGGCGCGAACGACCAAGCGCUUGGAACCCUUUGCUGUCUGUACCGGUUCAGCAUCCGAAAUGGUUACUGAAGGCGGAGAAGCUAGUUUCAUACUUCGAAUGCUUGAGGAGAGUCAACAGCCUUUGGUGAGGACGCGAGUGGGGUGGUUUACGUCCUUGGUAGGGAGAAAAGAGGAUGUUGCGCUCAUUACUGAGGCUAUUGAGGGGACACAAGGUGCUAGCCAUGUGGUAAAGACACUAAGGCAGGCCAAGACAGUGAGAUGGGUUGUGGCAUGGACCUUUGUUCAUUCCGUUUCAGAUAACAUGAAACCCGAGGAAAGCGGUACAUAACACCACUCACUACAUUUAGCUUGGGUUUGCAAAAGCUGAAAAAAUAACCUGACAGAUAGUGCAGCCUGGUCCUCAGCUCCAAAAUAGGUUGCAAUUUUGAGAAUUGAGAAUAACUACAUUAAGCAACAGUGAAAAGUAGUAAAACGACCCCCUGUACUAAAGGGGCACAUAACAUGGAAAAAGCAUUCCCU